AUGAGCACACCUGGAGUGCGACAAGGCUUCCUGAAGAAGUACGGAGGCUUCAUGUUUAAGCAGUGGAAAGAGAAGUAUGUGGUGCUGACUGUGGAAGGCAGGCUGAUGGUGUGUAAAGAUGCUGAUUCUCCUCCAGAGCAAGUGGUGGUGCUACAGAGUAACUGCCAGUCCAUAGUGGAAGGCAGGGAGAUCUUGGACCUGCCCCGUUUGCCAUCAGGAGGGCGCAGGGACUGCUGUUUUGCCCUCAUCCUGCCACAAGACAAGUUCUUAUUGCUGCUCUCAGAUAACCCUGAUGACUGCUGUCAAUGGCUAAAGUUAAUGAAGAAGAUUAAAGAGGGCGUGUCACCUUUACUUGUGCUGAAGCGACAGCAAAGCAUCACCCCCUGUAUCACAGACAGAGGUUCUUUGCCAGACACCCCUACUGAGAAAGAGCCCCAGUCCCCCAGCUUCAGCGACAAACCCAUCAAUUCGCCACGUACCCAAUCAAGAGAGAGCUCCUUCAGAAGCAGAGGCAGCAUACGUCAACGCCAAGACCUCAGCCCCAAAUCCCUGCCCCAUCACUCCAACGACUGCCUGCGCCAUGGUAACAGCAGUGAUGCGCGUGCUGUGAGGGCAGUCUGUUUACUGAUGGGCGGGGCUGCUGCCUCAUCAGCAUUGGGUUACCUAAGCUCCUGUUCAGGCUCCUCAAGUGUUGCUGCUCAAGCACCAGAGAUCACCCACUCAAUGGGUUUCUCAGAGGUUGGAGGAGGAACAUCCUACCACCACACCUGUGCAGAGGUUGUCGACUCACCUCAUUUUAACAGCUUCGACUUUGAGGGUGACUCAGACUUUGAUGCUUUCGACUGUGGAGGGUUCACUUUCUGA